CAUGAAUCUGCUGCUGUUUUUUAUUUUAGGAUUGCUUGUUCACUUUGUGUUCUUUGUCUCCAUUUUUGACAUUUACUUUACUUCUCCUCUGGUACAUGGUAUGACUCCUCAAAUUACUCCUCUGCCGCCUCCAGCACAACGAUUAGUGUUAUUUGUUGCAGAUGGCCUUCGAGCAGAUUCCCUCUAUGAAUUAGAUGAAAAUGGAACUUCCAGAGCACCAUUUAUCAGGAAUGUUAUAAUGCAUAAAGGUAGCUGGGGUAUUUCUCAUACCCGUGUACCCACUGAAUCCAGGCCAGGACAUGUAGCACUUAUAGCUGGUUUUUAUGAAGAUGUCAGUGCAGUUGCAAAAGGAUGGAAAGAGAAUCCUGUGGAAUUUGAUUCCCUUUUCAAUGAAAGCAAAUAUACUUGGAGCUGGGGAAGCCCAGAUAUUUUACCUAUGUUUGCUAAAGGUGCAAGUGGAGACCACAUUUAUAUCCAUUGUUAUACAGCUGAAAAAGAGGAUUUUGGUGCACAAGAUGCCGCACGACUUGAUACCUGGGUUUUUGAUCAGGUUAAGGAUUUUUUUCAGUCUGCUAAAAGUAACCAGUCUUUGUUCUCAAAACUGAAUGAAGAGAAAAUAGUGCUUUUCUUGCAUUUGCUGGGAAUAGACACAAAUGGGCAUGCUCACCGACCAUCAUCAAGGGAAUACAAGGAUAAUAUAAGAAAAGUUGAUGAUGGAGUGAAAGAGAUAGUGUCCCUUCUGGAUGAUUUUUACAAAAAUGAUGGGAAAACAGCCUUUGUCUUUACCUCUGAUCAUGGAAUGACAGAUUGGGGAUCCCAUGGUGCUGGUCAUGCCUCAGAGACUUUAACACCUUUGGUCUCUUGGGGAGCUGGAAUCCGUUAUCCCCAGCAGGUGUCAACCCAACUCUUUGAUGAUGAAUUUUUGAAAGAAUGGCAGCUGGAGAACUGGAAAAGGCUAGAUGUAAAUCAGGCUGACAUAGCACCAUUGAUGGCUUCCCUCAUUGGAGUUCCUUUUCCCCUUAAUUCUGUGGGAAUCCUACCUCUGGAUUAUCUUAACAAUAGUGAUCUUUUCAAAGCAGCAAGCAUGCUCACAAAUGCAGUACAGAUUCUUGAACAGUUUAAGAUAAAAAUGACUCAGAAAAAGGAAAUCACACUGCCAUUUUUAUUUACACCAUUUAAAUUACUUUCUGAUUCUAAACAGCUUGAGAUUUUAGGAAAAGCAAGAUCCUAUCUUGAACAGGAGAAGUAUCAGAAUGUGAUCUCUCUUUGCAAAGAGCUAAUUCACCUUGCACUGGAAGGCUUGUCAUAUUACCAUACUUAUGACAGAGUCUUUUUGGGCAUCAGUGUUGUUAUGGGUUUUAUUGGAUGGAUAUCUUUUGCUUCUAUAAUGAUUAUCAAGUCUCAUUCCAGUUUGACAAGAAGUGUUGCUAAAGGUGAAAAGAAACUCCACCAUCUCCUGCCAUGCAGUUUUGUAGUUAUUGGAGUUCUAAUAGCAUUCUUCCUGCUGAUUCAAGCCUGUCCCUGGACCUAUUACAUCUAUUGUUUGUUGCCAGUGCCAAUAUGGUAUGCAGUUCUAAAAGAAUUCCAGGUUAUUCAAGACCUGAUUGCAUCAUUAUUGUCCUUUUCUGGAAAACAUUCAGUUGUGUUUUUACUAGUUUUCACCCUGGGGAUUGAAAUAUUAGUUCUCAGUUUUUUCUACCGCUACAUGCUUACUGCUGGUCUUAUUGCAUUUGCAUGCUGGCCAUUUUUCACACAACUCUGGAUUCAAGCAAAGAUAACAUCAUUAGGUUGGACUUUCUUCUCUUUACUUCUCGCAGUAUUUCCUCUACUGCCUGUUGUAGGACGUGAGCCAAAUAUCACUCUAGUAAUAGGAGCAGGUUUCCUCAUUUUUUUUAUCUCUUUGUCAUCCUUUGUAUAUCUUUGGAAAAGCAAAAGGAAAUACAUAUGUGAAAAUCUACCAGUACAUCUGUGUCAGAUGGUGGGUAUACUUAUUUCCACAUAUAUUGUGAACAGUACUCAUAGUAGUCUUCUUCAGAAACAAGGUCUGCCUCAAAUUAACCAGAUUGUUAGCUGGAUAAUACUAGCCUUUUCCUUGAUUGUGCCAUUACUGGGUCCCACAAUUGUCUUUCAGCGAUUACUUAGCAUACUUCUCUCCUUGAUGUCAGCCUAUCUACUUUUGAGCACAGGGUAUGAAGCUCUCUUUCCAUUUGUUUUGUGGUGCUUAAUGUUGGCUUGGAUACGUGUGGAACAAGAAAUGCUGCAACAAUCGGGUGUUUCCUGUACGCAAAAGCUCACCAGUAUUCAUUUUGCCUAUAAUACAGAUAUUACUCAAGUCCGACAACUCCACUUAGAUGACAUUCGCAGGUCUUUCUUCUUUGUUUUUUUUAUAGUGACAGCCUUUUUUGGAACUGGAAAUAUAGCUUCUAUUAACAGUUUUGAUCCUUCUUCUGUAUAUUGCUUCCUGACUGUGUUUAGCCCCUUUAUGAUGGGAUCCUUGAUGAUGUGGAAGAUUUUAAUUCCUUUUGUUCUUGUGAUGUGUGCUUUUGAAGCAAUUCAAGUAACAACACAACUCUCAUCAAAAAGCCUUUUCCUCAUUGUCCUUGUUAUUUCAGACAUCAUGGCACUGCAUUUUUUCUUCCUGGUCAAAGAUUAUGGAAGCUGGCUUGAUAUUGGAACAAGCAUUAGCCACUAUGUGAUUGUUAUGUCUAUGACUAUCUUCUUGGUCUUACUCAGUGGACUGGCACAACUCCUAACAACAAAGAAAAUCAAAUUGUGGGGGAAAACCAAGCCCCACUUCAUGUGAUGCUGUUGCAGAUUUCCUAUGGCACCUGGAUUUCAUUCAGCCUCUCCUGCUUUUAUGCUUCUGUUUUUAAACUCUUAAUUUAAGAGGAUUGACAUGUUAUAACAUUCCAUCAAAGAUUCAGCAUAAUUUGGUUUGGAAGAUUAAUAAUGAUGUAUAACCCAUAAAGGAUAAUUCAUUUGGAGUUCUGAAUCUAGAGAUAUCUAGAAUUAAGUAGUUUCCUUUUUUGAAGUCAAAUUUUUAUCCAAAAAAAAUGCUGCUUAUGUCUUUAGAAGAACCACCAUAAAAGUAUUCUUUAUCUUCAAUUUUUCCCUUUAGCUGCAGCUUUUCUUCCAGUUAUUGAUAUUCAGCACCUGAGGAGAAAUAGUCUGUGGGUCCAUGAAAAUUUUCUUAACAUAUUUCUUGUGCUGAUUAUAUCCCAAGCCACAACUUUGACUCAACUUUGACAUAUAUCACCAGGUGGCAUCAUUAUAUUUAUCAAUAUGAAAAUUACUUUUGUACUCAUAUUUUCUAACUGGCUAAAUGACAUAUUAUUUAAUUCUUAUCUCAAAAGAACUCUUAUUUCCUCAGUAUUUCUUCCAAAAUUUCAUCACUUGAUGGCCAAUUUUUGGUGAUGAGAUUUUUUGCUCUCAGCUAGAUUAGACCUUGGAUAGGAGUGGGUCAAUCCUUGAAGAUUUUCCAUUCAGAUGAAAAUUGACAAAGUUAAUGAGUCCUGUGACUGAUUAACACAGCCUAGAAACCAGUGGCCUGACCAUAAGGGGUCAAAAUAGGACUUAAAUUGAGGUUAAAUUUCACUGAAAUAGAAAGGUUAGAUAUAGACAUUUUUGUCCACAGGAUUCAGUAGGGAUAGUACAGUCUUUAGAAUCCAAAGGUGUGGGUUGUAAUUCUACUUAUUUUUACUACCUCCAUGGUCUUGGAUAAAUUAUUUAAUUUCCCUGGGAUUCAGUUUCCUCACCUCAAAACAAAGAGGUUGAUCUAGAUCAAGGUUUUUUUUUUAUUUUAUUUUAUUUAAAUUUAUUUUUUAAACAUUUAUUUUUAAAUUUUCAGUUGCAAAUUCUCUCCUUCCCUCUCCUCUCAUUGAGAAGGCCAGCAAUCUGAUGCCAGUCAUAUAUAUAAAGUUAUGCAAAUCACAGUUCCAUAUUAGCCUUGUUGCAAAAAAAAAAAAAAGGCAAGAAAAAUAAAGUGAAAAUGUAUGCUUUGAUGUGCACUCAGAUUUCAUCUGUUCUUUCUCUGGAGGUACAUGGCAUUUUUCAUGAAGAGCCCUUGGAAUUGUCUUGGAUCAUUGUGUUGAUUAGAGUAAUUAAGCUUUAUACAGUUGUAGAUAAAAUAUUUUUUUACCUUGUUUUGUAUUAUAGACCCACUUAGCAAUCUAGUGAAGACUGCAAAGCCUUUUCUCAGAAUAACUAUAUAAAAUAAAACUCACAGGAAAGCAAAAGAAACAAAUCACAUUAAAAUAGUUACACAUCUCUGUGAAAAAAAAAUUAAAAACAAAUUCAUAGAUCCCAUAGUUCAAUCUAUGUACUAUUUCUCCUGGAGUUCCUUUCAUCUCUAAAUCUACAUUCUGUGAUCCUUUUCCUUUCUUCAAAUCCUACCAAAUGUGAGGAAAAAGCAAAUUUGUCCUCUUAACUCCAGUAAUUAUAAGGGAAUGAGACUUUUCCAGGGGUAAAUUUAAACUAGUGCAUCUUCUUAGCUCAGCAAAAUAGAAAAUGUUUAAUAUGUUGUACAAUGGAAAAAACCAUUUGAUUACUCAGAAGACAUGAGUUCAAAUCUCAGCUCUGUCUAUAUUCGGGAAAAAUCAGACCUCAUCUUACAGUCUGUCUCAUAGGAUCAAAAAAUUAUAUUCUUAGAUGUCAUACUGGAUAGCUCCAUAUUAGCCUUGUUGCAAAAAAAAAAAAAAAAGGCAAGAAAAAUAAAGUGAAAAUGUAUGCUUUGAUGUGCACUCAGAUUUCAUCUGUUCUUUCUCUGGAGGUAGUUCCAGAGAAUAUAAUAAUGAAUAUAAAGACAGAAAUGAUAAUGGUCUCUGCCCUUAAGGAAUAUACUCUAUCUACAAAUGUGUUGUAUUUCUCUAUUUGAUUGACCUCUACUUUACAAUUGAGAAAACAUUCAAUUUCAUCAUAAACUAAAUAAUGGCAGUAUCUUACAUUUAUAGAUAUUGAGGUUUACAAACUUAUCUACCACUCAAGAGUUUUGAGAAAAGUGCUUUGUAAUCUUUAAAUUACCAUAUAAACAAAAAGAAGUAUCAAAAGACUUUUAUAUCAUAGAACAGAAUACAUUUGAGAAUCUUUUUCUGUAUAAAAUAUUUCACUAUCAAACUAAAGGAGCCAUAUUUCAGUUGAGUAGAACAGAUAUUUAUGAAGUGAUUGUACUUCCUUAUACUUGUACUUGUCAAGUAUUUUAUGGAACACUCUGAUUGUCAGUAGAUAUAAAAUGUAUGCUACACUAGACCCUAUCAACCUAUGGUCAAUCAAAUGGAGAAAUACAACACAUUUGUAGAUAGAGUAUAUUCCUUAAGGGCAGAGACCAUUAUCAUUUCUGUCUUUAUAUUCAUCCAGCCUGGCAUGUUAUAUACACUUAAGAAACGCUUGAGGUACAUUAAAAAUCUAGAAAUCAAGGUCUUUGUAAUAACCAAGAUGGAAGCAGUUUCUGAAUAAAUCUAAAAUACUGGAGUUUACAGUAUGUAUUAGAAAACUGGACUGUUGACCUUUAUAGCUGUGAAAUUACAGCCCCAAACUUGAAUAUCCUUUCAUUAAAUUUAGAUUAUUAUGUGUGAACCAACAAAAAAAUUUGGGAGCAAUUCUUAUUUAAUCUUUCCAUAAAGUAACCUUUCUAAAUUGCCAUAGAUUUGGCCUUUUGCUCCAGACACCAUUUUUCUUUUUCUUUGGUAUAACAUUCAUGUGUCCCAAAUUGACAGCGAAAUAACUAAAAAGUUGCCUUGGGCUGAUAUGAAGCUCUUUUGAUAUGAGAACUAUUUUAAAGAAGGAAUUGUUUUUGAAUUAAAUUAGAAUGUUGCUAAUUCACAGUAAUGACUAGGAAGCCAGCUGAAGAUUACUAAAUUUUUCAACUUGUUGGAUGAGUGAGCAAACACAAUUUGGAAGAUUCAGAGAAUCAGUUUGGUAAAAUGUCCUUUGUUCCUUUCUCCUUAGAAUUGUAUCUUGGUUUUAAAUUAUUUAUGGUAAUGCUGCAACACACACCCGCCAAGACAUUAUACAGUGUGUGGCUUUAUGUAUAAAUAUACAUGCACAGAUUUCUAUUUUGACCAUGUUAAAAUAAGACUGUGGGUAUUUAAUCUGUGCCAAGGAUUAAAAUGAUAUUGUUAUAUUUUGGGUUCAGAUGUACUUAAGGAAUAGUGAAUUUUUUUGAUGCCCCUGGGGACUUUUUGGUCAGUUUUUCUAAAAAUAGAAGAAAACUGUUCAUGUAAAUAUUUAUUCUGUGUAACUCAUUUUAAAACCAAGCCUGCUUUAUUUAUUCUUCAGUUCCUCUGCCUCGAAAUUCUCACACAAAGGAAUAAAAGAAUCUUUUAAUCUCUACUUUGUAAAAGGUGCAGUAUGUUUUGUCCAGAACAUUAUUUUGUUAAUCAAAGCAUGCUUCAUAAUAUGGGAGCCGGAUAUGGUCUUACCAAAAGGGAAAUAUUUUGGGGCAAUUCUGGUUUUAUAUUGCAAUAAUCUAUAAAUAGGCUCCUCUGAUUCACUUAGAUAACUGAUUUAGCUGCAGGGACCUUUCCUGUUUUGUGGUUUACAAAAUGUCUUGGGAAAUAUUGAAAUGUAAAUUUUGUAUUUUUAUAUCAAAUGGCCAAAAAUAGAUAAAUAAAGUAUCAUUGAAAUUCAA